AUGGACCUCCAUCGGACAGCCUUUAAGAUGGAGAACUCCUCCUACAUGCCCAGCCCGCUGACUUCCCCUGCCCUCAUGGUCCUGGCAUCAACAGCCGAGGCUGGACGAAAUGCCUCUGUACCCUGCCAACCCCCUCGGCCGUUUGGAGUGCCGGUAACUUUGGAAAAGGACAUGCACCUCCCGUUCCCCAGUGGCUCAUACUCCUUCGCCUCCAUGUAUCAUCGGCAAGGAGGCUUUCCUACUCGAGACUUUCCCACCCCUCUGCUCCACCUUCACCCACAGUUUGCUCCACCCAAUCUGGACUGCUCACCUCUGGGUAUGCUCAACCACGGAGCGGUGGUGGCCUUCCGGCCGUUCUCCUCUCCACCUGAGGAGCGUGAUGCAGGGGCUUACCAGUCUGCCUUCCUCCCUGCAAAGCGCUUGAAGGGCUGUCUGGAACCAGAGGCAUCACCCCACCUCCGCUACACAGAUGUGGAGGGAAAAGAUUUUGUCUUUGGGGGUGCUCAUGUCCCUACUGGUUCUCCAAACACCCUGAAGAUAGCUGAGGAUGCUGGGAAGAAGCUCUUUGGCUUGUCUGGGCUGUUGGCAGAGGGUUCAUCUGGCCCAGAGGAGCACAAAGAACCAAGUAAAGUGAAGGCCCUGUAUGACACUGAGACGCCCAUGUGUCCAAUCUGUCAUGCUGUGCUGCGGCCAGGAGAGCUGCAAGAACACAUGGAGCAUGAAAUGGAGCGUCUAAUGCAGCUGCACAAUAGGUACAUCACAUUUUUGCGAGUACAAGCAAACAGGCAAACAAGACUCAAUGUUAAGGAGCUCUGCUGGUGCAGGUGCUACGCCAAACAGAAAGUGAAAUCUGUUCAUGUUUGGCCUGACUGUGGAUUCCCACAUGUGUCCUCUUGCCCACUGUCUGCACGCAUUGGGAAACUGAAAAGACGGAAAGCAGGGGAAGACCAGAGAGACAGCGUGUGUGUUGUUGAAGAUGGCUCUGUGCUGUCAGCCGGGAGAGAGUUUGAAUGGGCCGAACAGAGAAGAAUACAGAUGGUUUCUGUUCUCAGAGGCUUCAGAGGUUUGGUGAGCAGCACAUUGAAAGAACAUCAGGACAGUGAUGCAGAUCUGGAUGUGGACGGUGAUGAUACUUUGGAAUAUGGAAAAGCACAAUACACAGAGGCGGAUGUGAUUCCCUGUUCAGGAAAUGAACCCAGAGAUGCAGAGGAGAGGCAGGCAUUAAGAGGAGCUGUUUUAAAUGGUGACACAACUAGCAGGUUAUCUCCAGAGCAAACCAAGUUGGCAAACUCAGAAACUCCUACUACAAGCAAUGGAGAGUUUGACAACAAUAGAAGCACAACAUCUCCAAGAACCUGUAAGAACAGCGAGUUAGAGAUCUUACCGGAUGACCCCUCCCUCACUACACUGGAGGCCCUGAAAACACGGAUCAGAGAUCUGGAGAAGCAGCUCACACGAGGGGACAGAUUCAAGUGUCUCAUCUGCAUGGACUCCUACACAGUACCUCUGACCUCCAUCCAGUGCUGGCAUGUCCACUGUGAGGAAUGCUGGCUUCGCACACUGGGAGCCAAGAAACUGUGUCCACAGUGCAACACUAUCACCUCACCCGGGGACCUGAGACAAGUGUAUUUGUGAAGAGUUACAGCUGUCCUGUCAUCUGCCUGUUUGCACUCUACACAAACGGAUCACUUUUACUGAGGAGAAUCUUUCUGGGCCGAUGCAAAACUUCGAGGACGUCUUGCCCAACAGAGUCAUUGCCCAAAAGUUCCUGUCGGAAUGCAACCCAGUUACAUGAAGACCACUGUGUUCAUUUCUUAAUGAAAUGGUAAAGUUUUAAAGUACAAAUUUGCCGUAACAGUAUUGUAAGGACAGUAAAACUGAUCACAAAAUGUUGUUUCUAUGUAUAAAACCUUGUUUUAUAAAAUAUUG